AUGCUUUUGAUAAACUUGGAUAUUUCUUUUAUUUUGAUACUUUCUCCAUUUUUCAUCUUUUUCCGCCAUGUUUUUUCUUUUUUUUGUUUGAUUCUUAUUUUUUUAUUCUCUUUCAUUUCUUUCACUUACAAUUUUCCGUCUCACCUGCAGUUUUCUCUCUACCUACUUUCUUUUUUUGUUUACAUUCUUUUAUUUAUUUUUCUUUCUUGCUCCUCCUCCAACCCCAUUUUUCUUUUUAUUGUGUUCUUUUUCAAACGUUUCUCGUCAUCAUUUCCCUACAUUAAGGAUUCUUUCCAUUUUUUCCUUUCAUGCAUUCAUCUUAGUGAGACAGUCAUCACUGUCUCUUCUCCAGAUCAGUUCUCUCCCAUGGAGUUAUCUGGUAUUGAAUUGUCUUCUUCUGUGGAGAAAUUGAAUGGACUUCUAAUGGUAACUAACCAUUUUCUUUUUGAGAAUGCACUGCUUGUCUCACUUGCCGACAUAUCAGAAUCUACAAAGGGUGCAAAUCCUUUAUGUAGCACUCUAUUCCAUUGA